AUGCAGUCGUGGUCAAACACUGGGCAGAGCGGCGCAGACGAGCAGUCGCACCAGCACCAAUGGCAGCCCAACUACGGUUUCGCUGGCCAGAACGGCCAGUUUGAUCCUCAUCAGCCUUGGUCCCAGCCCAUGGCGGACCAGGCUGCCUACUCACACAUCAACCCUCACGAUGCCUCUACCUCCAAUUUCUUCGAUUCACCGGCCACAGGCAACUCCUUUCUCUCAGGGAGCCUGCACGGCUCACCACCGGGUCAAUCCAACUUCCAUGCUGGCCACGACUCGCUGGCCUUGAACCAGCAGUUCUCCCAACCCACUCAGGACGUAUUGGAUCCUGCCUUCAGUGACAUUCACCCGGAUCUGUACGGACAGCAGGACAAGAUGAACCUAGGAGACUCCAUGGGGCAUAUGAACCAAGUCCAGAACCAGGUUCAGAGCCACUCUCACACCCACUCCCAGAAUUUCCAGUACUCCUUCGCCCCGCAGAACGAGCAAUCCUACGAGUCUCCCAUCCAGCAAUACGCCCAGCCACAUGUGAUUCCUCAACAAAACAGGCAACAGAAUCAUACUCCGGUGCAGCAGUUCGAGGGAUUGCAGACUCCCGCCUUUGCCCAUGGGCAUGGAUACAGCCGACCGCCUCAGCAUUCACCCGUUCCGAACCAACAACAACCAUACACCCAGACUUCCGCCUUCUCUCCCCCCGUCAACGGGCAGACAACACAAGUCCAGGCAAACCCGCAGCACACUUACCAACAGUCUCGCCAACAAACCCUUCAGCAACAGCAAGGAUAUCCUCAACCUCAAGCCCAAGCCCAAUUCGUUACUCAGAAGUCUGUUCCCUAUCAACAACCGGCACAGAAUGUCGCGAACCAGAGCUUCCAUCAGGUGCAUCAGCAAUCGGCCCCGUUCACUGCGAGCUCCUCGCCACCAGCUGCUAGUACACAGUACAUUAUGGGACAUCAACCAGUGGAUGUUGAGAGCCCAGCCUCCCAGCCUGCUGUAGCUGAGCCUCCGGCUAAGAAAAGGAAGCGCACGGCCGCCAAGGUUGUCUCGGAAACUCAUACCCCUGAGCCCACGGUGGCACACGACUCGCCCAUGGACUAUGGUUCUGUUCCGGGUACUACUUCUCCCAGGAGGGUGGAUGAGGUUGAUUUUCUGGUUGCCCCGACUCCAUCUGCCGAAGAUGCGCAGUUGAUCGCCCAGUUCAACAGGCGCGCCAAGGCUUUGCAGGCGAAGCAACCUGCAAUCAAAGGUCUCGCUCACUUCGUGUAUGACGCCAGUACGAAGCUUCCAGCCCCGAAAAGUUAUGAUAAGCUUGCUCCUCUAGUGGCUCAUCCAUCGCGAAGCGGAAAGGCCAUGGUUCCAGAGCUCGGCUACAGCCUGCCUUGUGAAGUUCAGGGGAGGUUUACCAGUCUAUACCGACCUUCACCAGACAAGGGAGGAUUGGACGAGAGGCGAAUCGAAGCUAAAGAUAUGCUGGACGAAUUCGACCGCUCUAUGAAGGCAUUGGGCAAACGACGACCGAAGUAUACCGAGUAUCCUCAUGCUUUCAAAGAGCAGCUGAAAUCCGACGAAGCAUCAAAGAACAAGGCGGAGAAGAAAGCGAAGAGGGAGAUGGAGGAGGAGCGGAGCAAACCCAUCCGAUCUGCAACUCGCCCUAUAGAUCUUGCUGGAGCCGCUGCGUGGGAUGUCACUGGAAUUGUCCACAUUGACCAAUCCACAGCGAGAACCACGGCCUUGAUUGCUACUCGAGUGCAGCAGGCUGGGGAAUUCAUUAUUAAACUACGUGGCGACAUGAAUCGUACGAAGCAGGAACUUGACCAAGCCGUCAAGGACAAAGACCCCGAGGCCGAGAUAACCAAGAUUCGGCAGGAGUUCGAGCAGAAGAAGGACAUGCUCUACCGGGCACUCGAUGCCACGAUUGAGCAUGCUGACGAUGCUGUCAUCGACAACAUGGGCGGCCACCAGAAGUUGGUUCUCAGCUUAGUGAAUGCCUUGAUUAUGUGCAUUAAGGCAGGCGAUUUCUCCGGAAAGCUACCAAAGAUUGUCCUGGAACUUUUUACUCAUUUCCCUAUGACGAGAAGGAUUGCUGAAACAACAAAUUUUGAGACAGUGCGGAAGAGGUUCGCAGACAAGGGUGACGAAGAGGUCAAGGAGCUCGUGCGUGAUAUCUCUACUAAGGUUAAGAAGGCCCUAAAGGCCGAUCCCGAUACCUCAACAGGAUACACGGGCACCUCGGCAGCUAGUCGGGCUAAGGCUGCAACAAGGGGGUCGGCGGAUCACUCUACGGCGAAGAGAGGCCGGGAUGAUGAGUCUGACACCCGAGUUGUGAAGAAGAUCGCGGUGGAAUCCAGCGGCAAUUCUCUUAGUAAGAAGUUGGCGCAACCCAAGAUUCAACUCCAAUCAGCCUCAAAAACCACUGCAGCAAAGGCAGCGGCCACGUCUAUCCUGCCUGGUAAGAUGAGACCGGUGGCGAAGUCCGUACCUAAACCCGAGGUGGUCAAAGCCGAGGUCAAAAUCGCAAGCGACGACAGGUCAAAAGCAGAGGUAAAAGCACCGACCAAACCCGAGACAAAGGUGCCUUUGCCUAGGACUCCCUCGACUACCUCUAGCGCUUUGUCUGGAAUCGCUUCACUACUUGACUCGAUCAAUGCUCCGAAAGCUGAGCCUCUGGUCGUCGUUCCUAAAGAAGACAAGAGCCCUGAUACCUCGGAGACUCCCGUGGAAAAGACGAAGCGACUUCGAAAGGAAGCUCGUCGAAAGCUUCGCGUGAGCUGGAAACCUGAGGCCGAACUGGUUCAGGUCAAGAUAUUCCAGAAGGAAGAGGCGGAAGAUGAAGGCAGGGAAGUUCACAUGAUCCGGGAUGCUGGCGAUGAUCGAUCUGAGGGUAUGGUCCUGAAGCAGCGCGCAAAUGUUGAAGAAGAGGAUGAUGACGACGACAUUCCCUACCAACCUUGGCUGGAACCGACUGCCAUCAACCUGUCGAACCUCUCGGAAGAGGUGCAGAACAAGAACUUUGUCACUCGAGGUGGAAAGGUUACCUUUACCACCGAUGAACAACAAAGAAUCAAGGACCGAGAGCAACGAGAGCUCAUGGCCAUAUACACGGAUCCUGACGACAUCCCUCCAACGCCCAAGUCGCCACCACUUGAACCGGUUGGGGGGGCCGAAUGGAAAACUCAGCACUUGCCUGGCGAUGACCUCAAGUUUCAAGAAAUCCAACUCCGCUGGAGGGAUGAGCAACAGAUGGGAGUUGAUGGGGCUCUUUACGCAGCGACUAAGCGUUUGGAUGCCAAAGAGAACCCUUCGAACAAGCUUGACUCGAUUUUGGGCCGACUCAGGGGAGUCCCAUCGGCACCUCAGGUUCCUACCCAGCAAUCGGCAUCUUCCCAGCAGAGCUCUGGUCCGACACACGACAGCCUCCCGGUCAUACUGGGUCGGGCCGUGGAAGAACAGGUCCUCACUCUGCUCAGAUCCGAGCGGGUUAAGAACUGGCGGGAUCCGAAUCCAUCGCAUUCCGACGUGUGGCGUGCCUUCCACUACUCCGAUAAAUCUGUUCAUCUAUGCGGAAACGCUGUCGAACUUGUGGCUCGACCUCUGGCUGGUAAGGCAUUCCCGGCGGCGUCGCCCCCCGACUGGAUCAUGCAUGACCAGGAGAAGGUCCGGGAGUGGCAAAUCGGAUACAACAAGGAGGCCGCUUCUAGACAGAAGGCCGCGGAGGAGGAGCGUGCGCGGGCUGAGGCUGCCAGCAAUGUCCUAGGAGCUGCGGCUGCAGCUGCGACAGGUGGCCAGGCAGCGGGCAAUUCCCAGGAGUGGGCUGCCUAUAUGGCACAACAGAAGGCUUACGCGCCAUACAUGGCGUUGCUACAGCAGAUGACGGGUGGCCAGCAACCAAGUCAACAGCAGCAGCCUGGGGCAGCAUCGGCCCAACAAUCGCAGAUUCCCGAUAGCCAGCUUCAGUCUAUCCUGGCCGCCAUCAACCAGCCCUCGCAGCAGCCUACGCAGACCCCGGCCUCGAACCCGGCCGGCUUCCUAAACCCGAACGAUCCCUCGUAUCAGCAAUACAUGAUGCUCACCCAGCUGGCCCAGGGACAGCAACCGGCAGCCCCUCCACCACCACCACCUGCAGGAGAUCGAGACCGGGACUGGGAACGUGGCGAGGAUCAGCGAGGCGAGCAACGCGAUGGAAGGGAUGCCCGCAAAAAGAGGGGGACUCUCCCACCUCACAAACCGGCCAAUAAGGCGCUCAUAGGAACCAAGCCAUGCACUUUCUGGCAGCAGGGCAAAUGUGCUAGAGGAGACAAAUGCACUUUCAGACACGAUUGA